AUGAAAAUUUCAUCUCUGUUCCUUCUGCGUAUUAGUAGUUCAGUAAUACAGUGUCAUUUCAAGGAAGAUUCAGCGAAACCGCACCACGGCGAUGGAAUCCGACUUCGGCGUGGCCAUGUGACGGUGCCGUUCCCGGCGCAGGGCCACCUGAACGAGUUCCUGCACCUCUCCCUGCUGCUCGCGUCUCGGGGGCUCCCCGUCCACUUCGCCGCGCCAGAGCCGCACCUCCGGGAGGCCCGCACGCCCCUCCACGGCUGGGGCGGCGGCGUCGCCGACUCCCUCCUCCUCUCCAUGGUCCACUUCCGCGCGCUCGAGGUCCCCACGCACGAGUCCCCUGCCCCCGAUCCCGCGUCCCCGUUCCCGGCGCACAUGCUGCCCCUCUUUGAGGCCUUCUGCGCCGCCGUGCGGGCCCCGCUCGGCGCGCUCCUGGAGGAGCACUCCACGACCCACCACCGCGUCGUAGUCCUCCACGACCGCAUGGCGGAGUUCGCGGCGGGGGAGGCCGCGCGGCUGCCCAACGGCGAGGCGCUCGGGGAGGCGCUCGGGGUGUGCUGCCUUGCCGCCUCGUACAACGUCGGGUGGGCAGACCCCGGGCACGCCCUUCUGCGGGACCACAGCCUCGUCUUCCACCCGCCCGACGCCUGCGCUACCAAGGAGUUCGUGGCUCUCGCCAAGCGGAUGGGGCAAGAGUGCAGGCGCGCCCCCCGGCGCCGGCAUGAUGGCGCCGACGACGCCGGGGAUCCCCGAGUCGGCCUGGAAGCGGGCCUUGAAGCCGCCGGCGGCGGCGGCGUCGUGCCAGCGGAGGAAGCGGCGGUGUCGCCUUCUUGGCUUCUUGCGGAGCAGGUCGUCAUCGUCAUCCCGGCGUCCGUCUCGCUCGCCCGUCCAUCACUCAGGUGCACCAGCAGCAGCUAG